AUGGCGCAUCAAGCGCAUAAUCUUCCAUGGAAGCUUUUAGCAGACAAUUUCAAAUACCGCUAUGAAAACACAUCUUGCAAAUGCCAAACCAACCUAUUCCCAUCCAAGAUUCCCCAGCUGGAAACGGACCUCAGCUACUUCGCAAAGGCCUUUAAGCGAACAAUAGACGAGCACAGCAAAAUCGAGAGAUCAAAAUAUGCCGAGAAUUAUGACCCGCCGAAAGGUGAUGAAGAAGUUUUCUCAGAAGCCAUUGCUGAAAAGAUCAAAUGCACACUACGACAAAGCGAAGAACGAGGCGCGAAAAUACGUUCCAUGAAAGUUCUCGAAAACAGAAAAAUAUCUUUCUGGUUUAAUCUUAUGCCACACCGGGGGGAGGAUAAUUGCAGACCUCUUCAUAACACGCUUGAACCAAUCAAAGUCCUCCUUCUCCAUAGUGAAAUGGACGUUCUUUUGCGACUAGCAUCACAUCACGCUUUAAAUUUGGGAAGAGCCUGGGAACGUCCAUUCAAUGAGGAAAAAGAUUACGGGCUCAAGGCCUUUGUCUACCCAACCUUUAUGGUAUAUAUUUGUCUGAACAUCCUUCUUCAAAAGCCCGAGCUUUACGAUGAGGAAAGUAGGAAGAUUUAUAUGCGAACCCCACGACGCGAUGUCCCUGUCAUCAAGCACGAAAGCCAUCUUGACUACCGUCUCACUCGCGCGUAUCAGCUGACUCUCCUGUACUGCACCCAACCAACAACACAGACGCUUCCUCACCAAGUGUUCUUUGGACUGUCGCACCAGCUGGAUCUUCACAAGUUCAAUGAACGGUGUGGACAUAUGCCAUUCGCCAGGUUCAAAUCCGCCGCCGACAAUGGCGUAUAUAGUCCACAUCAGGAUGAUAUCGCCAAAGUCAUGCGGAUUCUCAUGGGAAAGGGUCUUCCGGCGGAGCUUUGUCUAGAUGUGAUUGAAUUUGCCGACUACACGCCCUCGCGAAGAAUGACUACGGCGGAUGAUCCCUUACAUAUGGAUAACUCUUGCGAGUUGCGAAAAUAUCUUAAGUAUUGCUGGCAGCUUCUGGUCCGAGUUGAUAUGCUAAUGAGAUUGAAAAAUGAGGAGAUUGACUGGGAGCAUGCGGUUAAAGAGUGUGUUUGGAGGCUGUUUAUUGAGCGAAGCAAUGGAGUCCUCAAACUUCGGCGACGGGAGUCCGCUCCCCAUUUGGCAAUAGAUGACCGUACCAUGGCUUUUUGUUCGUGUUGUUAUUUGUUAUAA